CCUCUCUCCCUCCCUUCUUAUCCCCCUCUCUUCCCUUGCUCUACCAGUGUGCACUCCGCUCUGUCUGAUUUUUUUUCCCCCUUCUCAUUCGUUCUCUGUCUCUCAGUAGCGGGAGCUCAGGGAGACAGCUGUAUGUGCGUCCGCAUUACAAUUUUCCACAGGUAAAGGCGGCUGCAUCAUCGGAUGCUGCUAACUCCGGGCGCGAGGUUGGGGGAGCCUUCGCCGCAGCGACUGCAGGUCCUCAUCCCGGCACGGGGCGGAAAUUUCUACUCAUCUCCCAAAAAGCAUCUUGGAGGAAAGGACAAGCAGAGGAUCCCAGCAACCAGACCAACAAAUCACGGGCUGACUGGGAAUAGGGCAGGCUUUCGGGCACUGAGGAGAUCAACAACACUCAGAGUACAGACUCAGCAGGAUAUAAAUGAUUUCUUUUUUUAACAUUAUGGUAUCCUGUUUCUAAUUUCCUUUUAUAGCUUGCUUUCUUAUCUUUCUCUUUAUUUUUAUCCUCUCCACUCUUCUCAUCACCCUCCUCCUAUAUUUUAUCCCUAUGUAGCGGAAUGUUUCUUGCAAAACAUGAGAGGAGGCUUUCUGAGCACCAGCUGCAGUGUUAAACAGUACACAGAGACAGCAGAGGGCUGAGCGGGCAGCUCGGGGAAAUCUGAUCCACAUCCGACGGGAGAAGGAGCAGGAUCACUCAUCGCACUUGCAGAUUUAUCCGCCCUGUGAUACUGCGUGACAACACCCCUCAUUCAUUUUUCCCCUCUUCCUCUCUCUGUCCUUAUCUGAAGUCUCCUUUUUUUCACUGGAUCUGGGAAUUCAAUUGGAUUUUUGCCGGCUUCCUUCAAAGCCUCGUGGGAUUAAGAGAACAGAUAAAUGACACAAAGUGGGUUUGGAUCCAAAGAGUGACCAAUAAAGAAAAAAAGAAAAAGAAAACGGGGAGGCUGACAGCAGAUGAUCACAGGAGCGUAAUGAACAGACGCAUACGUCUCUUUGGUCUCACUGUUUCAGUUACGAAACGGACGGAUUUUGGGAUCUGAAGGAAGCUGACUCGGCUAAAGGUGUUGGAACAGGCUGUAUAUUUGGUCCUGCACAGGGUAGGGAAGCAACUAGACCCACCCUGCAAGUUUCACACCCUGAACCCUGUCCCACUGUGGAUUUUACAAGGAGGUGACACGUCCAAGCUGAGAAAUUAUACAUGUGGAUCUUUGCUGCAUUGACAUGCAAGUAUUGAUGCCAUGGAUUUCUCACAUGCACAGAUGUGAAGAUGUCCCUUUGCACCCAUCUCUCUUUAUCCCUCUUUUUUCCCGGUAAAUGAAUCACUUUUUCCGCUUCUCCUUCUUGCGUCCCUUGUCGUGAACAUUUUUGGAGUUUCGGUGAACAGCCUGACAGGACUAAACACAGACUAAUCAGGCGAUUAUCCUUCUACGCCAGCUCUCUAAUAUCUCACUGGGUGUCUCUGAAUGUGAGUGUGUGUGCUCGUACAUUUGUGAUUGUGUGUCUGCAUGUAUCUCCCGCACCCUUGGCCUUCUCUCUAUCCUUGGAAUACAUAUUUGUCUACUUGUUAUUGAGAGUCAGAGUCCUUGGGGUGUUUCUCUGUCCACAUCCUUUCCUCUCCCUUUGUCUUCUUAAUGUGUGGCAUCGUCGGGAACCUUUCUGCCAUGUCCUAUCAAUGCCUAUCACAAGGUUAACCCUCAUCGUGCCAUAAAGAACGGCAGGGAAAGAUGAGUGAGUCUUCUGGGGCAACUGUUUCUGGGGCAGUAAUCCUGGAGGAACCUGAGGCUUCAGGGGCUUCUGGGGGCCGUGGAGAAGGCCAGGAUCAGGGCCGGGGACCACUUCGAUGUGCGCUUUGGCCCCGGCAGCAGACAUGGCUGUGUGUGGUCCCAUUACUUAUUGGUUUUAUUGGCCUUGGACUGAGCCUGAUGCUGCUGAAAUGGAUUGUUGUGGGUACAGUGCGGGAUUAUGUGCCAACAGAUCUGGUGGAUGCUAAUCGAAUAGGCCAAGAUCCAAUCUUUCUCUCCAAGCCAAGUGGGAUUCCCAAAGGCCCUGAUACUACCACUACUACAACUACUCCAACAGUCGAAGGUGGGAACCCCACACCUAGAACUGCAACUGUGGCAAAAGGUAGAACUCGCAUUACUGUUACCACCACUACUAUAGGUCCUAGAGGCGGCGGGGCCUCAGGUAGUCAGGUGACACCUCGGAAUCCCGGAAAUCGCAAUGGACGGGGACCUUCUGGUUUUACUACAACCACUGCAGCAACAAGAACAACCUUCAUAAUCGGAGGGGCAACUUCCAGCUCAUCUCCACCUAAUCCAACGGUUCUCCAUGACUCCACGCAGCUGUGGUCGGCAGAACAUACAACUACUGAGGUGGUCUCCACCACGCUCACCACGCGGGCGCAUAACCACCGCAAAACACCAUCUCCAACUGUCCCUCCACUGCACUCGGAGCAUUUCAAACCCUGCCAUGAGAAGGACUUGGCAUACUGCCUGAAUGGUGGGGAAUGCUUUGUCAUCGAGACGCUCAGUGGCCCUCACAAACACUGCAAGUGUCGAGAAGGCUAUCAAGGAAUCCGCUGUGACCAGUUUCUGCCCAAGACGGACUCCAUACUGUCCGACCCAAACCACUUGGGCAUUGAAUUUAUGGAGAGCAAAGACGUGUACAAGAGACAGGUGCUGUCAAUCACAUCGAUCGCCAUGGCAAUCAGCCUGCUGGGAACGCUGUGCAUGGCCCUGUACUGCCGCAACAAGAGGCGCAGGGAGAAGCUCCAGGUCCACCUGAAGGAGAGCCGCAGCUUGAAAAACUACACCUCUAACUCCCAAAAUGCCCUUGAGGCCAACAUGAGGGUUCCUAACACCAACCUACAAAUGCAUGAGUACUGCAAACGACCCCCCACAUCCCGCCCAGGAAGUAUUUGUGAGUCCACCUUUGACCACUGCAAAAUGACGCCAUCCAGCAGCUCCAGAGGCACAGCAAAACACCACAGAAGCGGAGCUUUGUUACACAGCCUGGAACAGAGAACGCAGGCAGCUCAUUGGUCAGCUCCUCGGAUGACCCCACCUAUACCCAGAGGAAGACUAAACCCGAUUGGGGGGUCCAAGUACUCCGGCCCCGCCUACCAGCACCUUCAGGAGGUGGAGUCGUUGGAGAAGGAGCCAGAAGGUGAAAAAGGUGUCCAGAUAGAGGGAGAGAAUCCGCCGGAUGACUCCAGACCAGAUGCUUUUGUACAUAUGCAAACUCCUGUUUCCAUGGAGACACUGUCGUCAUUGCCUUGGCGUGGCCGCGUGGAGGAGGAGGCGUGUUCAGGCCCCUGCCCUCCACCUGUGGACGCUAAUCCCAUUCCCAGUACGAGCAGCCUGAGGAGACCCGGCCGCCACGAGAGCCGCUCCCCGCCCCCGCCAUUCCGCUCCUGCUCCAUCCCCAUCAUCCCCUCCAUCCAGUGUCACCACAACAGUGAGGUGUCUUGUAUGCAAACCAGUGUUACCCCAGCAACCACAAAGAUGUCAGUCACCUGUGGAGCAGCGGUCUGCAAGGACGAGAGGAGGGAAAAGACGGCACACACCCGGCGGUUUUCCUCCUCCUGCUCGCCGUGUGUGGGCCCGCAGCAGGACGAGGUGGCGCUGCUGCUGAAGGAGGCGCAGGAGCAGCUCAGGGCGCUGGCACUCGCUCACAGGAAGCACGAGGAGGGCGCCGUCAACGGCACCGCGUCCACAGCUACGCAGCCGGAGGCCAGAGAAACUGUUUGCUUCCUGAACCUUAACGGAGGCGGCGGCGGGGCCGUGGCCGGUAGCGGACCCACGCAGACCCAGCUGCUCAGCCCCAGCCUACCGCACAGAGACCUGGGCCAGCUCGCACAAUGAGAGAAACAUCCACCUUUAGUCUGACUCUGUUGGACAGACCCCGGUGAUCCGUACCUGUGGGAUGUGAAGCAAAAUGCAGAAUUAAAAAAAAUAUAUAUAUAUAUCAUGGAAAAUCUCUAUAAAGCGAUAUGCAUACUGUAUGAAUACGAGCAUAGGAACUCUUCUCAAGUGACCACCUUAAAACAGACUGGCAGUACGGGAGAAAAAAUCUACUUGCAUUUAAUUAUGAAACACGACAAACACUUCUACUCAGACGAAAAGAAACCAAAUAAUCUGUCAAAAUCCAUGGUGUUUUUAAUUGUAAAAAGAAUAUAUAAAUAUAUAUAUAUAAAUAUAAAUAUAUAUGGAUAUAAAUAUAUGGAAUUCAAAAAGUGACCAAGUACAAAGAUGAAGAACAGGAAUGAUGUUACUACUUUUUAUUUGUAUUUUCAUUUGACCCCGUUUUGUAUCAACUGGGCCAUAGUUUGGUCUGGAGUGGUAACGGCAGAGCUCCGUGUGUCCCGCCGCACAUCCACGAGCAGCCACGCCACGCGGAGUCUAAACCGGCCUCCGCAGCAACGUCACCCCCCUUUGCCUUUUCAAAACUGUAACACAGCCAAGAAUUACCGUUGAGCCCUCUGCAAUGAUCAACUACAGAGGAUUUAUGACAAAAGAGGAACUUCUCAACCGAUGGGAAGCAGGUGAAGAGGAAGGAGAAGAAGAUCCCCCAGUGGAUUUGUGAGAAGGUUUUUGAAGUCGUGGGGAUGCUGACUCCCCUUUGGUCAGUGUUGAUUUAAUCCUUUGACACAGAUUGCACUUGUGCAUUAUUAUUAUUGGCUGGGGGUUUCCAGGAAUGGACCACAGGACAAACACAGACUGCUGACAGAAUGGCAGGAGCUUAUCUGAUAUUAUUUUGUUUUCCAGUUUCAGUUGUUCUUGAACAGUGCUGCUCUCUGGGAUCGAUGAGGGGUCGACCACGCCGUUUUGGUAUUGAAACAAGAAAUUAAUGUCUGUAUGUUGUAUCCUAAUGUAUGAAUUGGAAGCUUUUGAAUCUCUGUAUGAAGUUGCAGCCAAAAUGUUUUUGGUGUCAAAAAUCUUGGAAAAAAAAAAAGAAAAAAAAAUUGAAAUUCUGGUCAAGCUUUUUCAGAAUAACACUUGUUUUUGGUUGAUUGCUUGAAAGAUGUCGUGACAGCCUGAACCACCAGACCAAGCAUGUAUGCUGGAUAACAUCAACAUAAAAUCUGGUUUUUGCAGAACCUAAAAACAGUACAGUGCCCAUCCGUUGGCCUUUAUACACACACAAACCUCUGGACUAGCUUGCAGAAACCUGGGAUCAGCAUUCACACACUCCUUUACUCUCUUUCUUUAGUUAUUUGCACCCUGUAUCGCUGUUCUGUUUUGUUUUUCUGACAGGAACAGAGAUGCGUUAUGAACAAAUUUCAUGCUAAGUCACUUUAUGGGAAACAGCUCAUUUCAGGUUUGCUUUUCUUUUUCCUUCCAAAUGUUUCAUAAUGUUACAUAUGGGAUGUAAAUGUCCAAAAUGAAGGGGAAUACUGGCCUUGUCACAAGUAAUAACUUUAUAUUGGUUGUAAUAAAAGGUAGACUUGUUUUAAAGCAAAAAAAAAAAGGAUUUAAACUGGAGACUGAUACUGAGAUUUAAUCAUGUGUUUAAUUUACAAAAAAAAAAAAAAUCAAGCAGCUUGUGAAAGUGAAAUGAAACUUUGAACUUCGUAAUACAGAAAUGUAAAACGUUGUUUGACAGUGUUUUCCAUUCCAAGUCACUUAAAGGGAAGUUCAGGGCUCCUCUUCAGAGCUGUGAUCUAAGAGAGAACACAAGAGCAUAACUAACCUCGAAAUAUUUUAUGUUUUACAAUAAGUAGGUCAUUCAUUAAACACUGAACACAGAUUUCCUACAAGCUGAAUGUUGCUCUGCUUAGAAACU